GCUGUUAAGGCCAAGAUUAAAAGACAAUAGAGAAGGCAACAUUACAUUUUCUUCAUCCAAAAUAAAUUUUGCACCGCGCAGAGGCGGAGUACAGAGAGAGAGAGAGACAGAGAGAGAGAGAGAAUGGAGAGCUCGGGGGAGAUGGUGGCGUUUCCGUUACUGACAACACCAAUCGAGUCAAACUACAGGGCAUGCACCAUCCCAUACAGAUUCCCGUCUGACAAUCCUAAGAACCCUACCCCUACCGAGCUCGCUUGGAUUGAUCUCUUCCUCAAUUCCAUCCCUUCUUUCCGAAAGCGAGCGGAGAGUGAUGAAACAGUUCCUGAUGCUCAUAUCAAAGCUGAAAAAUUUGCUCAAAGGUACACUGAAAUAUUGGAGGAUUUUAAGAAAGAUCCUGAAAGUCAUGGAGGGCCUCCUGAUUGCAUACUUCUCUGCAGGAUCCGUGAUCAAAUCCUUAGAGAAGUGGGUUUCAGAGAUAUAUUCAAGAAAGUUAAGGAUGAAGAAAAUACGAAGGCAAUAUCCUUAUUUGAGGAUGUUGUUCGUCUGAACGAUGCUAUUGAGGAUGGAGCCAAGCGUGUAGAGAAUUUGGUUAGAGGAAUAUUUGCGGGGAACAUAUUUGAUCUUGGUUCUGCACAGCUUGCAGAGUUGUUCUCAAAGGAUGGAAUGUCCUUUUUGGCUAGUUGUCAAAAUCUUGUCCCUCGACCAUGGGUGAUUGAUGAUUUGGAUGCUUUUAUAUUAAAAUGGGGCAGAAAAUCUUGGAAAAAGGUUGUCAUUUUUGUUGACAAUUCUGGUGCAGAUACGAUUUUGGGUAUAUUGCCAUUUGCAAGAGAGUUACUACGACAUGGAACGCAGGUUGUCUUGGCGGCUAAUGAGUUACCUUCUAUCAAUGAUGUUACUUACCCUGAACUAAUUGAGAUUUUAUCGAAGUUGAAGGAUGAACAUGGGCAGCUUAUGGGGGUAGAUACUUCCAACCUUUUGAUUGCCAAUUCUGGUAAUGAUUUGCCGGUAAUUGAUCUCGCCAGAAUAUCCCAAGAACUUGCCUUCUUGGCAAGUGAUGCAGACUUGGUCAUUUUGGUAGGAAUGGGUCGUGGAAUCGAGACAAAUCUUUAUGCUCAGUUCAAGUGUGAUUCCCUUAAGAUUGGGAUGGUGAAGCAUCCAGAGGUUGCCCAGUUCCUUGGGGGAAGGCUUUAUGAUUGUGUUUUCAAGUACAAUGAAGUUUUGAGUUAAUUUUUUAUUCAUGUUAGUAUUUUGGAUCUAAUUACUUAAUUAUUUAAAACGCUAAACAUACGAAGAAUGAGGUUUUAGUUACUUGUGUAAGCUAUUUUUGCCACUGCUGAAGUUGUAUUUUAAUAAUGUGGAACAUUUUUGCCAACAUCUGCAUACAUGCUGUUCAUGAGAGAGAUUUGAUUGACUAGUUUAUACGUGGGACAGAAACCUUUUUGCA